AGCUAAUUCUACAAUUUCCUAAAACAAAAAAAUAAGUUGAAGCCAAUGACGUUUUUGUAGGGUCCAAAAUCAUUCGUGCUCCUCUCACUCCUGAACAAGCAUACAGUUCACUAGUGCCUCUCCAAUUCCUAUGAUCGACAAAAUUACUCUCAGCUCUAAACUUCAAGUCAACUCUCUCUCACCUUCAACCUUCAUCCUCCAUUAAUGGAGUCUAUCAUCUCCAGAUAACUUCAUCUCCUAAUUCUCAGAAUUUCAGAUUAAUCCACCAAUAUUUUUUAGGGCGUAAAAUGACAGGAAAUAGUAGAAAAAAUGCUCGAAAUCGACCUAAACCUUCAAUCAAUGUUGAUGAAGAUCAUCAUCCGAUCAACACCGAUAAGAAAUCAAAGCUUAGGAGAGAGAAAAUCAAGCCUCGCAGCAUUUCCAAAUUACAAUUAUUGCUCGGUUUCUUCGCAAUUUUCGUCUUCGCAAUUUCGACGUAUUUUGUUUACGCUUAUGUCGUGAAUUCUACUGAUUAUGGAAGUCGGAAACCUAGGGUUAUCACUCCAUUUCCUGCUCCUAAACUCAUGGAUCUUCCUCAGUUUCAAGGCGAACACAAGGAAAGUUUGUAUUGGGGAACUUACCGGCCUCAUGUUUAUCUUGGCAUUCGAGCAAGGACUCCGCAGUCACUGAUUGCGGGAUUAAUGUGGAUUGGUGUCAAGGAUGGACAGUAUGUCAUGCGGCAUGUCUGCCAAGAUUCCGAUAACCUUAACACUUAUGGUUGGACUCAUCACAAUGGGCGAGAUUAUGGAAGGCAGCUGAUAGUUGAUCAGGGGCUAACCUUGGAGACCAGUUUCUUAAAAUUGAGAGAAAAAGGCAAUGGUUAUGGAGGGGAUUGGGCUGUUCGAAUUGAUUUGCAGAGCAAGAAGUCGGGCUCAGAUGAGGACAGUUGGGGAACUGGUCAUUUUUUCUUCUAUAUGGCUGAUGAAGGUGGACAUGCCAUCAGCAUGAGUAGAGAUGUUUUAGAUGUUCGUGAAAGCUCAUUACUGGCAUCAGGAUCACGAAGUGACGUUGGAGGCUGGCAGUUGCAUCUAGAAUCAGCUGACAAUCCGGAAAUUCAUUAUUCUGGUUUCAAGACACCACACAUACACAACCUGUCUGAUCUUGUCCUAGUAACUCUGGCACAUCAGAUCAGAAGGUUUGGCUAUCUGCAGCUUCCCGACAAUCCAGGUCAUUCUCCUAAUAUUCUCGUGUUUCAGAUUUCUGCAGUGGUUCCUUUCAAAGCAGACUUUGCUUUUGUGUCAGGAACUGACAUGAAAACUUCAGGGAUAGAUGAGCGCAUUAGUAGCCUUACAGGAGAAAACUUGAGCAAACAACUAGUGAAGAAGAAGAAUGAAUAUGAUGAUAAAUUUCAAAGAUGCUUCAAUUUGAGUGAGAAGGUUGAUUCAGAAGUUAUUGUUGUUGGUAAAGCCACAAUUGCAAAUUUGAUCGGUGGCAUUGGUUACUUUUACGGGCAAUCAAAAAUUUCCGUGCCUCAGAAUACUGAUAUAAAGGGUGAUGGUUAUUUGUUGUACUGGCCAGCAGAGCUCUACACAGCUGUUCCUAGUCGCGGAGUCUUCCCACGGGGAUUUUUGUGGGAUGAAGGUUUUCAUCAGUUACUGAUUUGGCGUUGGGAUGUCCGCAUUUGCUUGGACAACAUUGGCCACUGGUUAGAUCUAUUGAAUAUUGAUGGUUGGAUUCCUCGUGAAAUGAUUUUGGGUGCUGAAGCUUUAAGCAAAGUCCCUGAAGAAUUUGUUCUCCAGCACCCAACUAAUGGCAAUCCCCCUACAUUAUUUCUGGCUUUACAUGAUCUGGUCUUUGGCAUUAAGAUGGGCAAAUUCAGUGCAGCUGAAAGCAGUGAGAUCUCUUCCUUUUUAGAGCAUGCAUAUAUUCGUCUUGAUGCAUGGUUUAAGUGGUUCAAUACAUCACAAUCAGGAAAAGACCCAAAUAGCUACUUUUGGCAUGGUAGAGACAAUAUUACUGAUCGUGAAUUGAAUCCAAAAACAUUGUCAUCUGGGUUGGAUGACUAUCCACGUGCUUCUCAUCCCAAUGAAGAUGAACGCCACUUGGAUCUCAGAUGCUGGAUGCUUCUUGCAGCAGAUUGCUUACAGACCAUUGUCAAAGUUACUGAAAUUUCUAAUGAAUCGGGGAAGGAGUAUGGUUUCACUGUCAAUCAGCUGUCAAAUUUUGAAAUUCUCAACAAGAUGCAUCUUGAUGAGGCUUUUGGAGCAUAUUUUGAUUUUGGCAACCACACUGAAAAGGUUCGUUUACGUACGCAAUUGAAGAUGAAUGGAAAUCAUGCCAGACAAGAGAUGGUCCGAGAAGUCCUCGAGGAACCAAAACUUCAAUUUGUACCUCAUCUUGGCUAUGUCAGCCUCUUUCCAUUAAUGGGAAAACUUAUACCUCCUGAGUCGUGGAUUUUAGGGAAACAGCUCGAUCUUAUUUCAAAUAGAAGCUUAUUAUGGACCAAUUAUGGGAUUCGCUCCCUUUCCAAAUCAAGCUCCAUAUACAUGAAAUACAAUACAGAGCAUGACCCACCGUACUGGAGAGGGACAAUUUGGAUAAACAUGAAUUACAUGAUCCUCUCUUCUCUCCACCACUACUCUGAAGCUGAUGGGCCCUAUAAAUUGAGAGCUAAAACCAUUUAUUCUGACUUAAGAAGCAAUCUUCUAAGAAAUAUCAUUCAAAACUAUUACAAGACUGGCUAUAUUUGGGAACAGUAUGAUCAGAAGACAGGAAAGGGUAAAGGUGUCCGACAAUUUACAGGUUGGUCAUCACUUGUGGUGCUAAUAAUGUCAGAAAGUUACAGCAGUAGCUGGGGAAUGUCAAAUUCAUAAUCAGCCAAAGAUUUUGAAGAGAAAGUAUAAUCAACUACAAAAAAAUUUGCAGUAGUUUACGCCAUGCUUCAUUUAUGUUAACUGAGAAUAUUUCGCCACUAGUAUUAUUGCGUCAUUGUGAAAUACAAAACUGUAGUGUAAACUUUCUAGAUUUGGAAACAGGCAUUGUGCCAAUCACUACAAAUCAAAUUCAACUGGACAAUUGCGCAUGUCAAUUCAUUAACACAGUUAAAAUGAGCAA